AUGAUACGGGUACGGAACAAUAUAGUAGGUAUUAAACGCGAACUCGAAAGGAAGGGCAUUUCACACGCAAAAUCAAGAAAGAUCAGGAUGAGAUUGGUGUAUUGUGGAAGUGCGAUUUCACUGGGGGUCGGGAAAUAUAAGGUAAGUGCCCUUCCACAUAUCUUGGAAGAUAAUGGACCUGUGCAUAUUGCCAAAUUUAGUUGGAUCAAGGAGAUACUCUUAAAAGUCUUGUGUUUCAUUUGGAAGGCGAAAGGGGGCCGUAUUCCAUUAGCUGCAGCCUUAACCAAACGAGGUAUAAACUUACAAACCACCACAUGCUGUCAAUGUGACUCGAUGGAAGAAACGACUGAUCAUAUUUUAGUGCAAUGUGCUUUUGCUAGAACUGUCAUGGAAUGGAUUUUCAAAUGA